AUGGUUGAAGCCGAACCCGGAACUCCCACAUGGAAGUUCACCCAAUGUUUCGGUGACAAAGGCGAUGUUGAAGACAUCACCGAAGCCGAUAUAAUCUCUACUGUCGAAUUUGAUCAUACCGGCAAUUAUCUGGCGACUGGCGAUAAGGGUGGCCGGGUUGUACUCUUCGAAAGGAAUGAGACUAAAAAGACGUGUGAAUACAAAUUCCACACGGAGUUUCAAUCCCACGAACCCGAAUUCGACUAUCUCAAGUCGCUGGAAAUAGAGGAAAAGAUAAACAAGAUCAAGUGGUGCAAGCGUCAAAAUGCCUCUCAUUAUCUCCUCUCCACAAAUGACAAGACCAUCAAGCUGUGGAAGGUCUUUGAAAAGUCGUUGAAGGUAGUCGCCGAGAACAACCUUUCCCACGAAUUGACCCCUGGUGGUGUUGGUGGUGGAGGUGCCCCUCGACCGAACCCGGUUCAUUUCAAGGAUGCUUCACAGUUGAAACUCCCUCGAAUGACCCAUCAUGAUACAGUUGUUGCUGCUGUUCCUCGGAGGACCUAUGCAAAUGCUCAUGCUUAUCACAUCAACAGCAUCUCGGUCAACAGUGACGGCGAAACCUUCAUCAGCAGUGACGAUCUCCGGGUCAACCUAUGGAACCUCAAUAUCCAGGACCAGUCCUUCAACAUUGUCGACAUAAAACCUGCAAACAUGGAGGAAUUGACCGAAGUCAUCACCGCCGCCGAAUUUCAUCCACAAAGUUGCAAUUGGUUCAUGUACGCCAGCUCGAAGGGAACCAUCAAAUUGGCCGAUAUGCGUGAAAGCGCUCUUUGUGAUCAACAUGCCAAGCAAUUCGAGCAGGAGGAAGACCCGUCCUCCAGAUCCUUCUUUUCCGAAAUCAUCUCCUCCAUCUCCGAUGUUCGCUUCUCACAUGAUGGCAGAUAUAUUCUAUCAAGAGACUAUCUGACAGUCAAGAUAUGGGAUGUAAACAUGGAGAGACAACCUGUCAAGACUAUCCCCAUCCAUGAACAUCUCCGACCUCGCUUGUGUGAUACUUAUGAGAACGAUAGCAUAUUCGACAAGUUCGAGGUCGUUUUCAGUGGUGAUGGAAGUAAUGUCAUGACCGGUAGCUACAACAACAAUUUCAUGAUAUAUCCAUCAGAUCCCGAACAAGAGACCGAAGUGGUCCUACAAGCCGACAAAUCAGCCUUCAAAGCUAAGAAGGUUGGAGUACCUACUCCCAUCAACUCUACCAGUCCUAACGGAGCAAAGAAGGGAAGCUCGAGAGCUGGAAGCCCUGCAGGAGGCGGUUCAGGCCAAGGCAGUCGAAUGAGGAAGGAGACUGAUGCUGAUCAGAUCGAUUUCAACAAGAAGAUUCUGCACAUGAGUUGGCAUCCAUUCGAGGAUAGCAUCGCUAUUGCUGCCACCAACAAUCUUUUUGUCUUUUCUGCUCUCUAG